AUGAUUAAUAUGCAUAUGCAAAUAAUUCAAAAUGAAAAAAAUAACAAUAUCGAAGAACAACAUAAUAAAUAUUUAAAUAAUGAGGUGAAGAAAAGUAAUUAUUGUGAUAUAUCUUUAUUAAAAUUAAUUGAUGAAUGGUCUGAUAUAGAAGCUAAUUUAUACCCAAUUAAAAACAACAAAAUAUUAAAAAAGAUAAAAUAUGAAAUAAAAAAAUUUAUAUAUUCAAAUAUUUUACACAAAAUAAAAGUCAAUUUUAGCUUGUUUAAAAUAUAUUAUAAUUAUAAAUAUAGCUACAAUCUUUCAUAUGUAAAUAAUCAGUAUUUGUUUGACAUAUGCUCAAACAGUUGUGACUAUUUUUACGAAAUAUUAAAAAAAUAUCACCAAGAAAAUGACUAUCAAUCUUGUGACACAUUUUUGGAGGAGAAACAUGAAAAAGGAUGUGAGCAAAAAAACGAAAAUGACCUGACCUGUUCAGAAAAUACCUGCAUUGUUCAUAAAAAUUAUAACAAAUAUAUGGAUGAAUUAUUUCAUGAAAAUAAUAAUAUUAACAAUAAUGAGGAAAAGUGUCUUAUCCUAACUCAGUUAUACACAUCAAUAGUUUACUAUUUUAUUUUGUUAAUAAAAAAUAAGUACUAUCUAGAUUUUAUUUGCCUGUACAUGUACAUAAAAUUUUACUUUUCCCUAAAUCAGUUAUUUAUAAAAAGAAAUAUAUGUUUAAAUUUUACAUGUCACAAAACUUUUUUGGAUUUACUUUUUUUAUUAUCGGACAUAAGUAUAUACAACAGUUUUGAUGAUGAAAAUAAUGGAAGGAAAGAAAAUGAAUGGGGAAAAAAAUACACAAAUAAGUUAGGAGAUUUUUAUAAUUUUGAUAAGAUUGAUGAAAAUAUAAAUAUAGGCAAUCUAACAAAUUUAUCUUUUAAUUUACUUUUAAAUUUAAGAGUAAAUAUAAAUUUUUAUGAAACAAAUUAUGAUAUAGAUCAAAAUAAAUAUAAAUAUAUUUGUAAGUAUUUAUUAUUUUUUCAAAAUGAACUUAUACAAAAAUAUAUUAUAAAAAUAAACGAACUAACCAAUUUAACAUCAAAAUAUAAACAAUAUAUUUCUAAAAAAAAUAAGCAAACUAAACAAGAUACCAAUUCAAAACACACACAUUUGUCUAACCCUUCUGAGUCAUAUAUUCAAGACUCCUUAGCUGAUUAUAUGUCUGUACAUUGUACUGACCAACCAAAACAUAUUAUAAAUUCUAGACAAAAAAAUUAUAAUGAAAUAAAUGGCUUUUCUUCAGCCCAUGCUAAUAGUACACAUCAUUAUGAUGGAUAUGAAAACUUUUCAAAUAAAAAUAAUUUACUUAAAAAUUAUAUCUUUCAAAAAAGUAAUAACAUAUUUAGCAUAGGUAAUGAUAUGGAUAUGGAUAGUUUAGCCAUACUAUACGAAGAUAAUAAUUUUUCAAAUUACAAUAAUAAAUUUUUAAAUAAUAAUCCAAUGAUUAUGCAAUUUGAUAAUCACAUAAAUAUAAAAAAUAAUUACUUUGAAAAUCAGUUUGUUUUCAUUUGUUUAAAUAAUAAAACAUAUAAAAUUCAAAUUGAAAAGUUAAUUCCAAAUUUUUUUCAUAAAAAAACUAUUCUUAAUCUUAGCUCUGAAUAUAUAUACAAUGAUCAAGCGGACAUUGACUUAGUAAACUUUUUUAACUCACCAAACAUAAUACUAAAAAGGAAUACCAAAUGUAUAAUCAACUAUUUUGACAAACCUAACUAUAAUGAUGUAAAUAAAAAUAAAACCAAACAUUUUGAUCAUGAAGAAUGUAACUCCUUUAUAUGGGGAAAGUCUUAUGCUAAUGAUACACUUAUAUUGAAAAUAUUAGAACGGAAAAUAAUAAAUGAAAAAAAUGAAAAAUAUAAAAAUAAUUAUUUAAACAUAAUUAAUAGUAUAUAUGUAACCCUACAUAAGAAUGUCAUUUGUAGUAUAGACCAUCGAAUUGAAGAAUAUAGAUAUAUAAUUUUAAAAAAAUUUUUUAUAUUUCUUUCUAAUAAUUUUCAAAAAAAUGACAAUUGGAAAAAUUAUACUCUUGAAUGUUUAGUUGGGUAUGAAAAUGAAAUGUUUACUUCAAAUAAAAGGCAAAGAAAAAUUGUAGGUAUUGAUAUAAAUUAUGAUAAAUUUUGUGAAAAACAAAUUAAAAAAAUAAAAGAUGGAUCUAUAUAUAUUAGUAAAAAUAUAAUAUGUGUUGAUUAUAAUAUAGCUUUUUGGGAAAUAAAAAAAAAUAAAAAAUAUUUUUAUCUUUAUUUUAAACCAUUCCAAAAUAUAUUUUCCUCUCCCUUCUAUCAAAAAUAUUUUCACAUAUUUUUAUAUUUCUCUAAGAUUGGAUCAUUAGUACGAUAUAUCAAAACAUUUGUUCAAGUUUUUUUAAAACUUAUUUAUAAAAAAGAAGAGGAUUACACAACAAGAAAAUCGAAAUUAAUUGAUGAAAUAAAAAAUAGACAGUUCAAUGAUAUUAUUCCCUUUGGUGAUAUUUUUAUAUCAUUUAUAAAUAGUGUAAAUAAAUAUAUUCUUAAAUAUGAAAAAGUUAUAAGAAAAAUUAUAUUGUAUGCUGAUUUAAAAACACCUUUAGAUAUAUAUAAUAAAAUAAAACAACAUACAGAAUGUAUUACAUUUUUAAGUUUCCUAUGUUCAUGCUAUACAUAUAAAAUAGACAUAUUUAGCAAAGAUCCAUUUUCUUUUUAUCAAACUGCUAAUCUAAAUAAAGAAAAUGCAAAAUUUGUCUCAGAAUAUAACUACGUUUCAAAUAUUAUCUAUGGCCUUACUAACAAUAACUUUCAAAAAACAAAAUUAAAUGAAGAUAAAAGACUAGCACUAAAUAGUAACAAAAAUAAUGUCCAUCAUAAGUUUGAAACAAAAAAUAAAUACUUGUUCAUAUUUCCUAGGGGAAACGAACUUAUAAGUUAUGUUUACUCUUUUUACUAUUUAUUUAUAAAUAUAAAUAAUAAAAAUUUAAAAAAAUUAUGUAAAUAUAUUUUUUUAAAAAUAAUUAAACCCUUUCUACACUUCCUUUAUUCUUAUGUAUUUAUGGGAAUAAAUAAAGACUGUUAUUUUGAAUAUAUUUUAAACGACCAAAUUAAUAUGCAAUUUUUUUUUAUAUACAUGGACCGCCAAAUUAUUUUUAACAAACCCAACUUGAAAUCAAAUCAAACACUAUCCCUUCCCAUUUUUUUGAAGUACGCUAUUCAAAUUGUCUACGAUGCAGCCUCCCUUUCCAAGUUUUUACGACGAUCAAGUGAAAACGAUUUUUAUCUCUCCCUUCCAAAAUUUCCAUCAAAUAAAUCCUUUAAAAAUGGAAAAAAAAAUAAAAAAAUAAACAAAAAUAAAAAAACAAAUAGAGUAGAAGACUUUUGUAUAAAAAAUGAAACAGAAAUCGCCAAAUUUCUAUGUUCAGCUUCCAUAAAUAAAAUAAAAAACUUUUUAAAUUUUUACGAUAAAUAUAAAAAAAUAAAAAAAAAAGAAAAAAAAAAAAAAUCUCAAAAUAUUUUCAUAAAAUGCUGGAACAAUGAAAAAUACUUAAAUUAUGUUCAUAAAAAAACGAAAAAAAAUGUAGGAAAUAAAUUAAGAAAUUAUUUUGACAUUUUUUGUCUUUUUCUUCUUAACGUUAAUGAUAAUACAAUAAAUUAUGAAUCAGUCAUAAAAGGAGAAAGUUUUAUGAAAAAUAUAAGACCGUUUACAACAUCACAUGAAGGAAAGAAAAAACAAAUUAUGUACAACCAUUUUGGAAAUUUUAAUAAGUUAAAAAAAAUAAAAAACAAUUUUAAAUAUUCGAUGAAUCGAUAUGCUAACAUAGCUACCAUGAAAAGUUCUCUCAAAAUUCAUUCCCUAGUUAGUAUAAAUAAAAGGAAAAAAAAAAAAAAAAAAAAAAAAUCAAUAACUUUUUAUAAAAAAAAAGUAAACAGACUAACCAAACAAAACAAGACAUAUUAUGACACGGAUGCCUUAUCGACUUCCCUCUCAUCAACUGAUAAUGAAAUUGAACAGGUUGAUAAUAUGGAUAACGGCCUGAAUAUAAAUAAUAAAACGGAUCCGUUAUCAUCGAAAAAUAUGGCAAUACAAACACAGUAUAAUACACACACCACACAAGGAGAAAAAGAAAUCGAUUUACAAAAUGGUCAUUAUAUAAAUAAAAAAAAUGAAAAUAUCAAACUCAUUGAUUUAUUCAAAUUUAAAACACACACUGAGUAUGAGUAUAGUGACGACAUUUUAUCCCAAAAAAAUAAUUUAAUAAAAUUUAAAAUAAAUUAUAAGGAAGAAACACAAAUUAAAAACAGUGAAAAACCAUUACAACCCAUACAUGAUAAACCAAUUAAAACGACUUAUAUUAAUGAACAUGAUGUUGAAGUUAAAAGUAUAAACUAUUUUUUAUAUAGAAAUAUAUUUAUUCCUAUAAAUAAUCAUUUUUAUACUAUUAAUAAAAUACUUGUAUAUUCAUACUUGAUAAAUAAAAAUUUACUAGCUUAUUUAUGUUUGCUAAAAUGUUUACUAUUCGAUGAAUGUGAAGAUAAUUAUAAUUUCCUCAGUUCUAUUAUGCUAACUAAAAAUAAUUUAACUAAGCUACAAAAUGUAAACUUAAAUAAUUUGGAAAUUGACGAUAAUUAUGGAAACAAAAUAAAUAAGACAGAUAAUAUUUAUCAUUCAAGAAAAUUAUCAAACAGUAUUUCACACAAAAACAAAAUUCUUAUUGAGCAUAAAUUUAAUACAAAUUUUUAUAAAGCCAACCUUAUAACAAAUAAAUUUUUUAAUAUAAAUAUAAAUAUACACAUUCCUUCAAUUUUAAAAAUAUUUUUUGAUAAUGAUGUUGUAAAUUAUUAUAAAAAUAUAUACUGUUUAGUCUCUUUAUUCUAUUUUACUAUAAACAAUUUGAAAGAUAUCUUUUUUAUUAUACGUUUAUUUUCAAAGCCAGUCAUAUAUAAGUAUGCCAAAAAAACACCUGAACAAUCACACACAACUAGCGAUGAAAAUGAAGCAGAAAAAAAAAAUGAAAAAAAACUAUUCACCAAUACAAGCUUUAAAUAUAUGAAUAUAAUUAAAAAAAUUGCAAACAAACAUAAGGAUUAUACGGAUGAAAAUGAAGAUAUUGAAAAUUGCUUUUGUGUUGUAAGUAAAAAAUCAAGUCACAUUUUUUUGACAAAUCAUAAAAUUUUAAAUGUGGGAUUUGAUAAAAAAUUUCUGACCAGCAAUAAUAAUAAAAUAAUAAAAUAUCUUGAAAAUGUGAAAAUAUUUAAUGAAAUUUUAAACGAUUUUAAUAAAAUACGAAGUGAAAUGCUUUUAAUUAUUACUUAUUUAUAUGAUUACAUAAUUAAUAUAAAUAUUUAUAAAAAUUAUUUUUUAUGUUUUCAAAAUAUGCUAAAGACAGAUCAAUUUAUUCAACUAAUUUAUAUUCAUAAAUAUUUUCUUCAAUAUAUUUUUAAGUUCUCAUUUUUGGCUAGUAAUUUUUUUUUUUUUAGCAAAAUCAUUUUUAAUAUUAUUAACACUAUAGAUCAAUUUAAAAAGCUAGUAACUUCUCUACAGCCUUUGGAUAAUUUGAGCUCAGAUCAAGACCAAAUAUUUUCUCUUCUUUUUGAUAAACAUCAUAAAAUUGUUGAAGAAAAUAUUAUUUUAUUAACAUCCGAAGAGGCACAAAAAAUUAUCAAAAAUUUUUAUAUUAAUAGAAAUAAUUUAGUUACACACAUAACCAAAUUUCAAAACACCAACCUCGAUUAUAUUUACAACAAAUUUUAUUUUAAUGAUUAUUAUUCGUCUUUAUUUGAUCAGUCAUAG